AUGAUCGAUUCUCUGAGUUGGCAAGAUCUUGCCCAAGCUAAAAGAGAUGCACUUAAGAAUUCUAUCCCUAAGAAUUGGCGACUUGAACAGGUACCUUCUCCAGAACAUUUGCAGAAUGGAGUGGAAUUUGUUGAAUCGAAUUUAUCGCCUGAGGAGCGUCAAAUCACCGAGCUACCACUUGAGGUACUGCGUCCAGCGCUGCAAGCGGGGUUAGUUUCUUCCAAAGAAGCGACACUUGCGUUUGCACACCGCGCAGCUCUUGCCCAUCAGCUUACGAAUUGCUUGACUGAAUUUAUUUUGGAAGAUGCGUUAAGGCGUGCUGAUGAGUUGGAUAUUUAUCUUAAGGAAACAGGUCGUCCAGUGGGACCCUUGCAUGGGGUCCCUGUUUCUCUUAAAGACUUGUUCUACUUGGAGGGGACAGAUACCACGGUCGGAUUUGCUGCAUGGUUAAAUGAUAAAGCCAUGAUUCAGGAUGAAGCUGGUGUUGUGAAAAUUCUUCGUAAUGCAGGAGCUGUCUUUUUUGUUAAAACCAACGUUCCAACGAGUAUGAUGUGUGCAGAAACAGUUAAUAAUAUUUUUGGGUUUACAAAUAACGCCAUAAACCGUUUUUGCUCAGCUGCAGGGUCUUCAGGAGGCGAAGGGUCGUUGCUUGCAUUACGCGGAUCCCCGCUAGGAAUCGGCUCUGAUAUUGGGGGCUCGAUCCGCCUUCCUGCCAGUGUUGCUGGCGUUUGGGGCCUCAAGGUAACACCUGGCCGCUUUCCAAUUAUAGGAACACGGUCAACAGAUCCGGGACAAGUGUUGAUUCCAUCUGUGGUUGGGCCAAUGGCCAAUUCACUACAAGCACUGGAGAUUUGUACAAAAUUGUUGCUCUCAUCUCAACCCUGGCUCGUGGAUCCAUCUGUAGUAGAACUACCAUGGAAAAAUUGUGACCUACCCUCAAAUUUGGUCUUCGGUGUAAUGCUGAAUGACGGAAUUGUUCACCCACAACCUCCUAUUGAGCAAGCACUCACGCAAGUGGUCGAUGCGCUUGAAAGAGAUGGUCAUGAGGUAAUUUCUUUUUCACCUCCAUCUCAUUUCCAAGCUCUGACACUUUGGCUUGAAAUAAUGACUCAAUGCGCUGGCGAGCAAAUACAUGAGCUAAUCGAAAAGGCUGGAGAACCGCUGAUCGAAGAAGUGGCCGCGAUUUUUGGCUCAAAGAAAGGUGAACGGUCUGCUAUUUCUGUAGCAGAAGCACAUGAACAAGCAAUGGGACUUAAAGCUUACCGUAUGGAGUACGAGCGAGCCUGGAAUGAAACAGCACAACAAUCACGUUGUGGCCGAGCCAUGGACGGGAUCUUGUUGCCGAAUACUGGUGUGGUGUGUUGGAGGCGAGGAGGUGUUACGUAUCAGGGCUACACCCCACCCGCCAAUGUGUUGCAUUUUCCAUCCAUAUCAAUGCCACUCGCAAAGGCUGAACCGGUCCCGCAGACUCAUCGCCAAAACUUUUUAUCAAGUAUAGAUGAAGAUGUAUAUCAUGCAUAUGACCCGGACAUGUCUCGAGGAAUGCCAGUUGGAAUUCAGCUCAUGGGCCGGCGAUUUCAAGAGGAGAAACUGCUUGCCAUGGCACAGGCUGUCGAGUUCUCAUGCUCAAGAGCAUCUUUAACAAGAACGAAAGCAUGUCUCUAA